AGCCGGUUCCAAGAUGGCGGCAGGGGUGGCCGGGUGGGGGGUUGAGGCAGAGGAGUUCGAGGAUGCCCCUGAUGUGGAGCCGCUGGAGCCCACGCUUAGCAACAUCAUCGAGCAGCGCAGCCUUAAGUGGAUCUUCGUUGGGGGCAAAGGUGGAGUUGGCAAGACGACCUGCAGCUGCAGCCUAGCAGUCCAGCUGUCCAAGGGGCGGGAGAGUGUUCUAAUCAUCUCCACCGACCCAGCCCACAACAUCUCCGAUGCAUUUGACCAGAAGUUCUCCAAGGUGCCUACCAAGGUCAAAGGCUAUGACAACCUCUUUGCCAUGGAGAUUGACCCCAGCCUGGGCGUGGCGGAGCUGCCGGACGAGUUCUUUGAAGAGGACAACAUGCUGAGCAUGGGCAAAAAGAUGAUGCAAGAAGCUAUGAGCGCAUUCCCAGGCAUCGAUGAGGCCAUGAGCUACGCAGAGGUGAUGAGGCUGGUGAAGGGCAUGAACUUCUCCGUGGUGGUGUUCGACACGGCGCCCACAGGCCACACACUGAGGCUGCUCAACUUCCCCACCAUCGUCGAGCGGGGGCUUGGCCGCCUCAUGCAGAUCAAGAACCAGAUCAGCCCCUUCAUCUCACAGAUGUGCAACAUGCUGGGCCUCGGCGACAUGAACGCAGACCAGCUGGCCUCCAAGCUGGAAGAAACGCUGCCUGUCAUCCGCUCUGUCAGCGAGCAGUUCAAGGACCCUGAGCAAACAACCUUCAUCUGUGUGUGUAUCGCGGAGUUCCUGUCCCUGUAUGAAACCGAACGGCUGAUCCAGGAGCUGGCCAAGUGCAAGAUUGACACGCACAAUAUCAUCGUCAACCAGCUCGUCUUCCCUGAUCCCGAGAAGCCCUGUAAGAUGUGUGAGGCCCGCCACAAGAUCCAAGCCAAGUACCUGGAUCAGAUGGAGGACCUAUACGAAGACUUCCACAUUGUGAAGCUGCCACUGCUGCCCCAUGAGGUUCGGGGAGCAGACAAGGUCAACACAUUCUCCUCUCUCCUCCUGGAGCCCUACAAGCCCCCCAGUGCGCAGUAGCACCUCCACCAGCCCCAGCUGCCAUUUCACACCCACCCGCCACCCACCGGGGCAGAGUUUGCACAAAGUUCCCCCUCUAAUACAGGGGAACCACUUGGGGGAUGGGAGGCGGGGAGGGGGUCUUUUCCCCCUGGUGGGGCUGGGGGAGCUAUAGCUGCACCCCCACCUCUCCCCACCUCUCCUCCCUCAAUAAAAUGAUCUUAAACUUC